AGCUACUUGAAACUUUGAAACUUACAAAGGCUUCGGCGUACUUGGCCACUGCUCGCGUUUUUUUUCUCUUUUCUGCGUAAUGAGUAGAGACGCCUCGCCGGCUGUGUGGAUCGGCACGCCGCAGCGCGGCCGAUCGCUGGAGGAUAUACUGGACCCGUACACUUCCAAAAUUGGCGGACAAGCGACUUGUUUUCGCGUCGGGAGCACCCCGACGGAGCGCCUGGAUGCGGCCAAACUGAGCAAAUACUUCCAGUGUCCGCAGUGCAAAUCGACGGAGCGGGUCUCCCUUUUGUGUCAGGUUUACGCCCCACUGGAGGUGUACGAUCGUGUCCUCUACGUACUCACUUGCGCCGCCUGUGCACGGCGUCCGGCUGCCGGGCCAUCAGGCUCUCGCACCGUUCCAGCAGCCGCGCCACCGCCAGGCGCGGGAAAGAAGAGCGGCCUCGCUGCUGUCGCUGCCGCGAAGUCGCUUGUCAGCUUUUGCUUCGCGGUGCGUAGUCAAAACUUCAGCCGGGAUUUUUUUUUGGAGCUGCAGCAGCAGCAGGAGCGUACGGCGGCUCAGCAGAGCGAAAACGCGCCGACAGCCAAGACGGAAACGGAGGCACAGCUCUUCGACGAGGGCGACGGCGACUGGGGGGACGGCACGGGAGACUGGGGGACCGACAACGGCGACGUCGUCGCUGCGGCACCACCGGCCGCCUCCCCAUCGCCUGUGGCUGAGGUGAACACGACCGACGCAGUGGAGGAGCAGGUGUCUUACCCGAUUGCUGGGCGCGCCACCGUCGUACCGGUUAAAGGGACGCUGUACACAGACGGACUCCCACUGGACCUUUACGUGGAGCCGGCGCGAGCGAUGACCAAGGAACUCUCGAUCGAGGAGCAGCUGGCGGUGGCGGAGCGCAUGUAUGGCGACGGCGCCACGGUGGACACGAGCGGUUUCGAGGAAGAUGACGAGUCCCCGACGGAGACCUGUGUGCGGGAGUACCUCGAGGCGAUAGAAGCGAAUCCCUCGCAGUGUGUGCGGUGGUGCCCGGGUGGUACGCCGCUGCGGACGUCGUUGUCGGCCAUCGGCGUGAACGGUGCCGCAAGCCCGCCUCCGUGUCCCGCCUGCGGUGCACCUCGGCAGUUCGAGAUGCAGCUAACGGCGCCGAUGGUGUACUACCUCACCAAGCAUAUUGGCGAGGCAAACAAUGCGACGCUGCACUUUAGAAACGUUUUGGUGUACACGUGUAGCAAGCACUGCUACGCAGCCACACAGAACCAGCCGUACUUACCGGAGUACGUGGUUGUGGAGGAGGAGCUUUAG